AUGGCUCCACAAUCUGGUUAUACUAUAUCUACACCCAUUGUGGUACCUAGUUCGGGUUACCAAACAUUGCAGGGCUAUUCACAUCUUAGUCGUGGGUCUACCAUACCAUCAGCUAGUGCUAGUCAGUGCAAUAGUUUGAAUAGUAAUAGUGGAUCAAUUGGACUUUCCAAUCUUCAUCUUGAAUCCAAUGGCUCAGAGCUUAAUUCUCCCACCACCCAGCACUCAGAUGCACAUGGUCCUCAGCCAGGCAAUAGAAACAAUUUUCGGAGACUCGUCAUCGAGCCAUUAGGAUACAACUUACGUCCGGAUGAGGGUAUGGCAAAGAUUAUUUUAAAGUGCAUCGGAACUCAUUAUAAUGGUGUGUACCCGAAUUGGAGUUCGAUUCCACUUAACACCCAAGGGCAGAUGUUCAAUGAAUUUAAGAAAUAUUAUGUAUGGGCUCCCGAACAUGAGGAAGACGUUCAAGUGAACUUCAAACUUAAAGCUUCAAAGUUGCUUUCUAGCACAUUUUGUGACAGUCGGAGAAAACACAACAUUCCUAAGUUUAUGUUACCAGAUCGAUGGGCUCUGUUACUAGAAUAUUGGAGUACUAAUGAAAAAUUUAAAAAGAGGAGUGAGAUUGGGAAGAUAGCUCGCGCAUCAAAAAAGGGAGGCUCUUUGCACACUGGUGGAGCUAUUAGCCAGGUUACUAGGAAGGAAAAAAUGGAAAAAGAGUUGGGUAGGCCGGUACCUGUAGAAGAGAUGUUCAAGGUUACUCACGUCAAGAAGAGUAUGAACCCCACAGAAGAAGAAAGAUGGAUUGAGCCACGUGCUCAAGAGACAUAUGAUGGGUAUAUACGAAUAUCUCAGGAAUAUCGUAGUACUCUACCUCUUGAGAGUCGGGACAAACCAUUUACACAAGAAGAAAAUGAGAAUCUUUGGAAACAGAGUGCUGGUGAACCGAUUAGAGGAUUAGUCUAUGGCUAUCCAGAAAAGGGGUAUCAGAAGAAGAAGUCUUGGUAUUGUGGUUGA